AUGUUACGUUCUAAGAAAAAGGACAAGGAGAACGGAAAAUCGGAGAAAAAAGAGAAAGAGGAGAAAAAGAAGACGAAGGGAGAUGACGGUGCUGGAAGUAGCAAGACACCCACCAUACCGAUGAUUCGUACAGAGGAUUUGGGAGGCGAUAUGAUACCGGCCGACGCACCACCACCAACAAACAUCGGACGAGUUAGUAAUUAUGGAGGAGGACCAAUGAUACCACGACGAGAGCGGCGUCAAUCGAGUAGCAUGUUCAACAUUUCGCAGAAUAGGGAACUCGUGAAGUUGCCAACGAUUAAAGACGCGGUGCCGGAUGAACGAGAGACGUUGUUCAUCCAGAAACUUCGUCAGUGUUGCGUCGUGUUCGAUUUCGCGAAUGACGCGCUCAGCGACUUGAAAUUUAAAGAAGUGAAACGCGCGGCGCUGAACGAACUCGUCGAUCAUGUUUCCGGUGCGGCGAAGGGAUCACUUUCAGAUGCUGUGUAUCCGGAGGCCAUUCAUAUGUUCUCGACGAACUUAUUUCGACCAUUGAGUCCACCGACGAAUCCAAUUGGGGCGGAGUUUGAUCCGGAUGAGGAUGAGCCCACUUUGGAGGCCGCUUGGCCUCAUCUUCAGUUGGUCUACGAGUUCUUCCUCCGGUUCCUCGAGUGUCCCGACUUCCAAUCUCAAAUCGCAAAACGAUAUAUCGACCAGAACUUUAUUCUCCGUCUUCUGAUGAUUAUGGACAGCGAGGAUCCGAGAGAACGUGACUUUCUGAAGACAACACUUCACAGAAUUUAUGGAAAAUUCUUGGGUCAUCGAGCGUAUAUCAGAAAACAAAUCAAUAAUAUCUUCUAUUCAUUCAUCUAUGAGACAGAGAGACACAACGGAAUCGCCGAGCUUCUGGAGAUUCUCGGAAGUAUUAUCAACGGAUUCGCUCUUCCGUUGAAAGAAGAGCACAAGACUUUUCUGCUCCGAGUGCUCCUUCCACUCCAUAAAGUCAAAUCACUCUCAGUCUAUCAUCCACAACUUGCAUACUGUGUAGUACAAUUCAUUGAGAAAGAUUCAUCACUAACGGAGCCAGUGAUCAAUGGAAUGCUCCGAUUCUGGCCGAAGCAGCAUAGUCCGAAGGAGGUGAUGUUUCUCAAUGAGUUGGAGGAAGUUCUCGAUGUGAUUGAGCCGAAUGAAUUCCAAAAAAUAAUGGUUCCAUUGUUCUCCCAAAUUGCGAGAUGUGUUAGUAGUCCUCAUUUCCAAGUCGCUGAACGGGCUCUCUAUUAUUGGAAUAAUGAAUAUGUGAUGUCUUUGGUGGCUGAUAAUGCGAGAGUUAUCAUCCCGAUCAUGUUCCCAGUGUUGUUCAAAAAUAGUAAAUCGCAUUGGAAUAAGACGAUUCACGGGCUGAUCUACAACGCGCUUAAAAUGUUUAUGGAAAUGAAUCAAAAGUUGUUUGACGAGUGCUCCCAAGCCUAUCAAAAAGAUCGAGGAAACGAGAAGACGCAGAACGAGGAGAAGGAACGAAUCUGGAUGACGAUUGAGAAGAGAGCCCAAGGAAAUCCACAGUAUUUGGAGGUGAAGGAGUUGUUCGCUCGUUUCAAUCCUGAUGAUAUCAUUUGUACGAGACAGGCGACGGAUGAGAGGGGGGAGAAGACCGAGUUGAGCAAGGAUGAGAUUUUGAAGAAUGCGGUGGGAGUGAGCUCGCUAAAAGACGACCGCGAAUUCGGUCCAAACCACAAGCAAUCCGACUUCCCACCGGACGAACAAACGUCGAAAGCGCUCGGCGAGUAUAAACGGCACGAUCCAUUCCUCAAAAAAGUGACAAGCUCCGAUGAACAGUGA